AUGGAAAACACUGACAAACAACGCGGCGUCCAUGCAUCUGAAACGGAACAUGUCUCGUUUGGAGGAGUCAUUGGCGUGACGGACUGCGGCGUCCCUGUCUUCUCGAACGGUGAAAAGAAAUUUUUCAGCGAAAGAAUUUCGUUUGCCCCGGAUUGCAAGCGUGUUGAGGCCGCAGCACCUACAACGGUCAUUGGCACCCACGACACUCUGGGAUACAAGUGGCUCUGUUUGGAAUUUGCGCGUCGGUAUUUGCUCAUGACCAAAGGUGUUUGGCUUGCUUCGGUACCCACGGCGGAGGACAUUUGGGAAAUUGAUGAGAUUGUCACUAGCGUACCGAUUGGUACACCCGUGCCUGUGGAACGUGAAAAACACGGGGACACCACGAGUAUGCCAUCGGUUGGGGAUUUGUUAGUAUGGAGCCGCACCGAAGAUUCCCCGUAUGGGCAUUUGGCUGUUGUGACCCAUGUUUCAGACAAUGGGGUUUGCGUUGCGGAGCAGAAUUAUGAGUUUAAACGCUGGCAGGAGGGAAAAAACUACAGUCGACGAUUUGACUGUGAGAAAAGAGAAGAUGGGGUGACCGUGUUUGUUGGUGAAACCCACCUGCUCGGUUGGGUAAUUAUAAAAGCACCGCCGUACGACUUUUCCUUGGGUGAUCUGCCAGACAAAUAUCGGCAUAUCAUUGGUCCUGGCCAUAUUGUUAGACGUCACUUGGAGAAGGACGUCUUGUUACCAUGGUUAAAUCCUUCUCAACGCUGCGACUUCUUUCUAAAAAGAUCACUGACCGUUGGCGGGUAUAUGGGGGAGGAUGCCGUGGCGGAGGCGCAUAGCGUCCCUGAUGGAUUUUAUAUGAUGGAUUACGAUAUGUGGUGCCGUUUUCGGUUUGCCACCAAGAAUUUGCAUGCAGUUGCAGUGGAGGCGACCCGUCUUAUUUUAAACAGCCGGGAUUCAGAGGCCCUUUUAGUUCAGUAUUUUGGCCUUCCGAAAGAGCUACAUCUGCAGCUUCGCCGGUCCUUUGAGACGAUUCCUUCCAUGUGUGGUCGAUUUGACUUUGGCUACGACGGCAAGGAGAUCAUUAUGCUUGCAUACAACUGCGAUUCCUCAGCAGCCAUGCUGGAAUGUGGUGAUACGCAAGAAAAGUUUGCGCGUCAUUAUGGGGUGGAAUUGGGCACUUCCACCGGGUCUUUUCUCUAUAGCAGGAUUGCAAACUACUUUAAUUGUUUGAUCCAAAAUGAAUUCUUAUGUCCCCACCACAAAAUUGUUCACUUUAUGAUUGAUGACGAUGAUGAAGAGCGGUACACGGCGUUGUAUGUGAUGAAUGCCGCAGAGUCUGCGGGUUUUAGGACAAAGUUGUGCGUCAAAUUAUCGGGUUUCCGUUUCGGGAGCACCACUGGCGAGGUUGACCGGGAUGCCUCACCAACGGAACGUCGGUCCGUUGUGGAUCUCGAGAACGAGGAGGUCCUUUUGGUUUGGAAAACUUGGGCGUGGGACACGGUGCUGCGGCAAUACGUGGAGCAGCGAACACAGCAGGGACACGGCGUGUCCACAAAACCGACGUUGUCUGAUAUUCUUCUGAAUGAACACAUACGUGUGUUGGAGCCUCUUUGGAAAGCUGUGACAGGCAGCAAGGCCAUCCUCCCAUUCAUGUACGCCGCAGCCCCCCAUCAUUCCAACAUGGUCCCCGCAAGUUUUUAUCGUACAAAAGAAAUUAUAUCAGCUCCGUAUUUAACAAAACCCGUGAAUGGACGUUCUGGGAAAAGUAUGACAAUGUACGACACGGGGGAAGAUCCUGAGGCUGUUGCCGCCGCUCCUCAUACCGCCGCUGCGCCGGUUCUUGGUAGGUCAAUUUCCGCAGUUUUAUUUGAUGACGCACCGGCAGGAACGUAUCGCGUGCCUUUUGACAACAUCCAGGAAAACUUGACGGAGAGGCUUUUUGACUCGGUCGUCGUUUACCAAAGCCGUGUCUUUCUCACACGUUACGAAAAGAAGUACUCCCCUAUUUUUUGCGGCUGGAAUGUGGGAGGGGAGUUUGGAGGCGUUAUUGUUCGCGAGGAGAAUUUCAAUAAUACGAAACUUUCAAGCCUUGUCAUACCGUCGCGUGUGGUGCGGCAGCACAUUCCACUGCAUGCCAUGCAGGAGAGCACGACAUCUGGAGAAGUGUGA